ACACAUUCACCUCCCUAAACAGAACCAACUUCACGUUGACUUCAACCUGUGUUAUAUCCUAGAUGGCUGGGUUAUUUUGUUUCGAUAUUAGCCUAUAUAUAAAAGACUAGUAAUUGUAGCCUACCAUUCAGGGAAUAGGCAUUUAAAAGAGAGACAGAGAGUGAUAUGACUCAGAAAUGACAUCGGGCGAUGGCAGUGCGAGAUGUUCAGAACAGAGCUAAAACUUCUACAAACUCAAUAACAUCCAGCAGAAAAAGAAGGGCUCACUCUGGUCAUUCUACAGAAAGUGAGAUCUGCGUCACAUAUGUUGAUGACUGCUCAGAACAUCCCUGUCUGUGUCUGGAGAGGAGAUUAGUCUUUUGCACCAAUAAUACUGAGGGGGCCAUCUUCACCAUUAGACCACAGGUCACUGAUUCAAAAAUCCCAUGGAACAAUGUUGCUGGGCUUUCAGUGGACAUUAGCCUUCCAGACCUGUUCUGGAACACCACAGACUGGGCCUCAGUAGAGCUGGUUCUGCAUAGGAACAUGAAGAACAUUCUGGAAUCCAACCUUCUUCAUGCAGAGUAUGACUCGGUCAAGACCCUUCUGUCAGACAUAUUGUCUCUCACUCUACCAAAGUCGGCUGAACCCCAGCUCUCCAAUCAGCUAGUCAAACUCACUGUACAUUACCACAAAAGCCCUCCUCUCGAUGUGCAGCUUUCCUGCAUUCUCUGGAAGAACAGGAAGUGGCAUGUUGAAGACUGUGAUGUCACAGACACUAACUCCACUCACAGUGUGUGCACCUGCACCUCUGUUUGUGCAUCUACCUUUGCUCUGAUCAUGCAAACAGCUGGACCACUAAAGAGGAGCAGAUCACUGCUGUUUUUUGACACCAUCAUUAUGUCGCUUGGGCUGCUCUUCCUCGCCAUGUCCAUCGUGACCUUUGCCCUCUGCCAGCGGACCAUCUGGGUAAACACAGCGCGCCUCAACCUCUGUGUUUGUCUGUUCGUCGCUCAGCUUCUCUUCCUGCUCACGCAGAACUACCUUCACCUCAUCCACCCUAACAAGGUGUUGUGCUGUGUGCUGUCUGGGUUGCUGCAGUUCCUCUUCCUGUGCGCCUUCACCUGGAUGCACCUGGAGGCGGUGACGCUCUUCCUGCUGGUGCGCAAACUCAAGGAGCUCCGCGCCCACAGGGUCUACGGCCCCAACUGGGCCUACCUGCACCUGAUUGGCUACGGGGCUCCUCUCGUGGUGGUGGGCGUGGCUGCCGGAGUGAUGUCUGAGGGCUACGGCAGUGAAGAGUGCUGGCUGAAGGCAGACAGAGGAUUCAUGUGGAGUUUCGUUGGUCCUGUGAUCUACAUCCUAAUGUGUAACACCCUCCUCUUCCUCGGCAUCUUCAUCAGUCUGACCUGUACCUUGGCUGAAGCUAGCAAUGACCUCUACAAGAUUAAAGAGGCCAGGGUACUGCUACUCAAAAGCCUUUAUCAGUUCACUGCCCUUGGAUGCCCAUGGAUCCUGGGGAUCUUUGCAUCCAGGAGUGAGGUGCUGGAGACUCUCUUCCUCUUCCUCACCUCCCAGCAAGGCACCUUCAUCUUCCUCAUCCACUGUGUGCUGAACCAAGGGGUCCAACAGCAGUUACGGACAUGGAGGAGGAAAUUACGGUUAUCCUGCCAACAAGCCGUAUCAAGGAGGGAAACAUAUGCAAUGUUUACCAUUAGCAACCACAGGACACAGUGGAUCAGAAAGAUGGUUCCCUGCUGGGAGUUCAGAACAUGGAAGAGCAAUGCCAGGACCGUGUUGCCAUGAUGGAAGAAUCCUAGUAGCCAGGGGCCUCCGAUGAUGAAGAAUUGGGCCACAGUUUUCAGAACCACCACUCUUUUGACAACACAACAGCAAAGUCUUUGGGUCAACGCAGAUUCUUUGUUAUAGCAUGAAAAAGCUUGACAUUGUAGACCUUGGCUAAGAUGCCCCAUAGAUGUUAGUAGCCAUCAUAAUGCUAAUUGCUUCACUUUUCUCUGACCUGAAAAAAGGGCACCCCCCCCCCCAAAAAAAAUAAAUAAAUAACUCACAGGCUUUAUGCAGGACUGAGAAUAACAGCGUCUUUUUUUUA